AAGUUCUAUGAGUACUCAUAGAACUAACUAGCUUCAGAAUUCUGAAUGGAAUGUUUACUGUUGCUGCUGCUUGGAUGGCCCAUCUCAGACUCCUCCUCAGAACUACUCUGGGAAACGGUUGAUGAAAACCAGGCAGAAACAUCACACCACUUCGAAUUCACUUACCUACCAGAUUAUGGAAUUUUCUGAUCUACAACCCACAAUACAAUGGUUGAAAACACCAGGAUCCAAAUCCACCUGUCAUCCUGGCUUGGAAUACUUGACUCAAAUAAAUCAGUUACUAGUGGGUGAACGCUUUGACCUCCUACAAGUCAACAGUCAUUUUGCAAAUAAUAAGACAUAUGACAUUAAGAACAAUAGAGGACAGAGACUGUUUUUUGCAGAAGAAAAAUGUAAUUGUUUCCUCCGAUACCUUUGUGGACCUCAAAGGCCUCUCACCAUGACAAUCUAUGAUAAUUCAGGCCAAGACGUCAUUAAAAUGCAUAAAACUCUUGGAUGUAGCUGUUGCUGGGCUAAUUACUAUCUACAAAAGUUAAAAGUUAUAAUGCCUCCUGGUGAAACAAUUGGGUAUGUUUAUCAACUCUGUCAUCCUUUUUCGCCUGAGUUUAUAAUUAAAGAUAAGAAUAAGGAGGCUAUAAUGAUAAUCAGAGGGCCGUGUACGGUUUUCAGUUAUCUCAACUAUCUAACUUUUCAUAUAUUGUCUCUAGAUGAAGAAAUGGUUAUUGGAAAGAUUUCAAAUCAGAUGAAUACACUAAUGGAGGGACUAAAUGCCAGUGAUGGUAAAUUUGGGGUCCAGUUUCCAUUUGAUCUUGAUGCUAAAAUAAAAGCAUUGAUACUCGGAGCAAGUUUCCUCAUUGACUGCAUGUAUUUUAAACUCUGGUGUUAAGAAUCUGUCUGAAAGUGUACAACACAGACUAUGACCAUUAAAUUCUGCCAGCACUCAACAAAAAAUAAAUGUCACUGAGAACAUCUAAAUAAAGAUCUACUUCUUUUU